AUGCCCGUCAGACUCGCAACUAGGGCCGACAUGCCUGUCAUGGCACAGGUCUAUGUCGCAUCGUUCGGCCCCGACCGUCUUUUCAAGGUGUUUUUCCCCCGGAUGGACGAGUACCCGGACGACUUUUUACGGGCGGCAGAAGAGCACCUCUGGUUGACGUGGUACGAUUACUCCAAGAUCAUCUUGCUUUCGUAUCGUCGUGGGCCACAGACUCCCGGAGGAGAGCAGACGCCGCUGCUUGCCUCGGGCAACAAGAACGACGACGACGCCGACGCCGACGCCGACGCCGACAAAAACAACCAACAAGUCAUCACGGGCAUAUCUGUGUGGGGAAGAAAUGGUUCAGGCUGGGAAAAUGUCCAUGGCACGUGGGGGAGAUGGGAUCCAAGACUAUUGAUCAGGCCGAUAUUAGAAACCUUCUACACAAUUCGAAGAUUCUUCUACCCGAACAAAGCUGCCGUCACACCUACGCCCGAAAGCCCUGAACCUCUGACGUUCUGGAACUUUAUGUCCAAGGUAGUCCCAUUCGCCAGAGAUUUUUACAGCGCUCCGCAUCGCCAGAACAAUUUCUGGUCACUCGAAACAAUGGCCGUUCAUCCCAGCUACCAGGGACAAGGGUACGGUCGAGAGCUGGUCGAGAGCGGUUUGGACCUCGUCAAGAAUGAUCCAAGCGGCGAGUUGCCCGCGGACGUCGUGGCCGCCGAUGGCAAGGAAGCGUUUUACCAAAAGUGCGGAUUUCGAGACCUCGUUGGUUUCAUCUGUGAGACCGUAGACGACAAGGGGCGUGAUAAUCCCUUGAGGAGUAACGGCGUUGGUGGCGGUGCCGUCCUCUGGACAAAAUGA